AUGCAUCGCGACUUGUUAGAAAAGGAACGGUUAAUGCAAAGGCAUGAGAAGCAUGUGAAGAAUAGAGUGGUCGAUAAUGUAAUAGCUGAUGUUACAUGCACGGGGCAGGGCAAAACCUACCUCAGGAAGAACGAAGCCGCGUUCGAGGACUACCAAACCAGGGAGAAGGAAAAACUCAAGUCCUUCGUCAAAAUUGAAAAUAGGCGGAAGGAGAACCUCCAAAGAAAUGAAGAUAGGUGGAAACUCGCUGAAGUGAAUGCACAAAAAGAAAAGGAUAAAACCUGCGCGCUGCAAAAAAUGCCAUUCAAAAGCGAGAAGAAUAAGACUAAGUGCCACCACGACAUCAUAAACCAUGGGUACCUCAAUUAUAACGAGUCCAUAAAAAUGGAAAUGAAAAAAAAUGUAACAGUCGAUGCGUGA